GCUCAGUGGGUGCUGGGUGCCAAGGCCUGCCCUCUAGGGAUCCAGGGUCUGCACAGAGGACUCUGGCUAACCUAGUUUUUUAAACUCUUUAAGGUUGAGAGUUCGGUACCCAGCUAUAUAUCUCAAGCCAGAAUAGGCCCUUUACAAAUGCCCCUUAGGGAAGACAGGACUGAGAUUCUCCUGGGACUGCCUUCUCCUGGCCACUUCAAUGGAAAGUAUGGUUGGGGAUAUCCAGUGACAUCUGAUAUCACUGUGACUUUAUUUUUCAUCCACUGUGGAGACAUAUUUGGGUUGAGCUUCUAACUCUGGAGUGAGUCAGAGACACAUAAACCCUUAGGGCUAAAGGGUCCCUUAGCACCUGUCCCCCUGUUCCCAGAAGGCUUCCACAGAUCUCUGCUGUCUGGCACCAAGGCUUUCUUCUUCCUUUCUCCUAUCCAGUCUGUCGAUACACUUAUUUAUUCAUAAUAUUACGUCUUAUGGCUAAAUUUUCACCAUCUACAGUGACAUCUUAAAAGAAGAUAACGUAGCAAAUUUUUAUAAAGCUCAGUAUUCAAUUUUAACAGUCUGAGAUUUUGCAUAUUUUUGGUAUUAAAAUAUUAAUUGUAUGUAAUGAAAUGAUGACCUGAGUAGGUGAUACUUGUUACUUUAAUAUUAUUUGGCAAAAUAAAAGAACACUCUCUGAACUCUGAAAAAAAAAAUAGAUUUACUUGUCAGGAGCCUCAAAAGCUUAGAAACCAGCGUGAUUCCAGCCUAACCUACCUCCUGGGGCACACGUUCUACUGCUGACACCCCUGACAGACGGCCGCUGGCUCCAUACCUCUGCCAAAGCUCUCCCACGAAUCUGGGACUCACCACCCAGGAUGCAGCCCCCUCCAGGGUUGAGCGGGUUGCAAUGCUUGGCCAUUCUUUCUCCUGAUAGACCCCAUCAACCUCCCCGUGAUGGUCACCCCGUGGUCACCACUCUACCUGCCUCAGCGCCAAGACCCGAGCCCAUCCCCUUCACUUGACAGCUGUUCAGUAUUUGAGAAGAGGUCUCACGCCUAAGUCUUCCCCUUUCCAUGUAAACAUCCAGAAUUCCUUCAAUAAUUUCACGUAUCAGGUUUCUGAUAGCCUUAUUUAAAGCAAUUAUACACAUAGUACAUGAAUGCUAUGUAUGCUUUCUUGUAAAAAUAUUUACUAAUAGAGAUAAACAAGAAGAAUUUUGUUCCCUGUUCAGCCUCAGCCCUCUUUCCAGAGGAAACGCCUCUUAUCGGUGUGGUGUGUAUGUGUUUAGAAGAAUCUUCUCUCUGCACAUACAUGGAUAUGGAUACAAUGGAAAUGUAUAAAUAUACGUGGAGUUUUAAAAAUGCAUAUAUAUGUACAUAUGUAGAUUAAAACCGAGGACCUCAGUGACUCUCUGCAGCAGACCCUCUCUCAUCGGCCAUGCCACCUGAGUCAAGGACCUGCCAUGAUUCCUGGAAACCAAAUGUCUGGGGACAUGGCUUCCAUCCAUCCGCUCCAGCAGCUUGUACUGGUUCCCGGACACCUACAGUCUGUCUCCCAGUUCCUACUAUCUCAGACCCAGCCUGGGCAGCAAGGUCUGCAGUCAAAUCUUCUCCCCUUUCCCCAGCAGCAAAGCUCUCUCCUCCUCCCACAGACGGGGCUUGGCCUGGCGUCCCAGUUGGACGCCCUGGGGUGCCAGGAUCCUCUUUAGAACCGCAUCUGGAAGCAUCCCAGCAUCUCCCAGUCCCCAAGCAUCUCCCCAGCUCUGGAGGAGCUGAUGAACCCAGUGACUUGGAGGAGCUGGAGAAGUUCGCCAAGACCUUCAAGCAGAGGCGCAUUAAGCUGGGCUUCACACAGGGAGACGUGGGUCUGGCGAUGGGAAAGCUGUAUGGCAACGACUUCAGCCAGACUACCAUCUCCAGAUUUGAGGCUCUAAAUCUGAGCUUCAAGAACAUGUGCAAGCUCAAGCCGCUGCUGGAGAAGUGGCUGAAUGAUGCAGAAUCCUCUCCGUCAGACCCCUCCGUGAGCAACCCCAGCUCUUACCCCACCCUCAGUGAAGUGUUCGGGAGGAAGAGGAAGAAGCGGACCAGCAUCGAGACCAGCAUCCGCCUGACUCUGGAGAAGAGAUUUCAAGAUAACCCCAAACCCACCUCAGAGGAGAUCUCCAUGAUUGCAGAGCAGUUGUCCAUGGAGAAGGAGGUGGUGAGGGUCUGGUUCUGCAACCGACGCCAAAAGGAGAAGCGAGUCAACUGCCCUGUGGCCACACCCAUCAAAUCACCCAUGUACAGUUCCCGGCUGGUGUCUCCCUCUGGGUCUCUGGGGCCCCUCUCUGUCCCUCCUGUCCACAGCACCAUGCCUGGAACAGUAACGUCAUCCUGCUCCUCUGGGAACAACAGCAGGCCUUCGUCUCCUGGCCCAGGACUCCAUGCCAGCAGCCCUACUGCAUCUCAAAAUAACUCCAAAGCGGCUGUGAACUCCUCCACCAGUUUUAACUCUUCAGGAUCUUGGUACCGAUGGAAUCAUCCCACCUACCUCCACUGAGACCAAAACGUUUCUCCGAGGCCACCUGGCCCUGUUAUUCCCCACAGGAAGGAAGGGAGUCACGCCUUCUCUGUGUGGACAGAUUACUUUCAGGA